AUGAUGCGCCCAACCGGCGCGCCCAUGCUCUGGCUCAACUUCCUCGUCACGCCCUCCGCCAGACUCUCGGCCCGCAACGAGGCCAUCAUCAAGCUCAAGAUCUCGCCCCUCAGAUUAUACGUGGACCAGGAUGCUGUCGACUUCUUGAAGACCUUUUUUGCCUUUCAGAAUCACUCGUCUCCCUCCGCCUCCGUCUCUCCGAUCUCUUUGUCACCCAAUUCGGCUGGACCUCCUGUCGAGGGCCUCCAAGGGGCUUAA